AUGGCGACCGAAGUGGUGUUCGACACCUCCAUGGGCUCCUUCACAGUUGAGCUCUACAAUACCCAUGCGCCCAAGACUUGCAACAACUUCUCUACUCUCGCGCAGAGAGGUUACUACAACAACGUCGUCUUCCACCGCAUCAUUCCCAACUUCAUGGUCCAGACUGGUGAUCCUACCGGCACCGGUCGAGGAGGAAGCUCUAUCUACGGCGAGAAAUUCGAAGACGAGAUUCGCGACGACUUGAAGCACACCGGUGCCGGCGUCCUCAGCAUGGCGAAUAGCGGGCCCAACACGAACGGCAGUCAAUUCUUCGUCACCCUUGCGCCCACCCCGUGGCUGGAUGGCAAGCACACUAUUUUCGGUCGGGUAAAGAGUGGCAUGCGAGUAAUUCAACGGAUGGGUCUGGUGAAGACCAAUGGCGAGGAUCGGCCAAUGGACGAACUGAAGAUCAUUCGGGCGCGCGUGGUGGAGGGCAAUGAGGAGUGA